UAGAGGGACCAGACUCGCCUAGAGUCAUCCGAGCGAGUAUUUUUACAGUAGAUACACUGGGAGCGCCCGGAGUGCAGCGAGCUACUCGCACUGUCUCCAGGGCGUUUUGCAGAAUUGCACUUUUUGAACCUCCGUGUCUUUGUUGCCCUUUUAUUUUUGUUUCGCUAAUAAAGCCGCCUUGUCUGGCGCUGGUUCCUCGUCGAGCUCCUUUUGUAGCUUUCAGCCGGAUUGGUUAUGACGAUGGAGAUCGCGGCUGCUGUGGGUUUUGUCAGCAGACUCCUGCGCAACACGGGUUUAGUGAGCCCGGGCCAGCUACAAAUCUUCAACCACUCGCUACAGGACGCCUUGGCAGAGCACUACAAACAUCAUUGGUUUCCAGACAAACCGUGCAAAGGCUCGGGUUACCGGUGUAUCCGAAUAAACCAUAAAAUGGACCCCUUGAUCGGAAAAGCUGCCAACAGAAUAGGGCUCAGCAGCCAGCAAUUGUUCAAACUCCUUCCCAGCGAGCUGACUCUGUGGGUCGACCCCUAUGAGGUUUCUUACCGCAUAGGUGAAGAUGGGUCCAUUUGUGUCCUGUAUGAAGCGCCGCCGGCCAAUAACCUGGGGAUGUUGACCUGUAAAAACGAGUUGAUGAUGGGCAGAACCAGCCCUUCCAAAAACUACUGGAUGGCAGUUUCAAGCUGAAAGGCACUUUAAUGCAACUGAGCAAUAUAUACCAUAAGUGGAGUUUUCUUAAAAAUGUAGCUUUUAUUAAAAAUUACUUGGCCCUGGUUUUUAUUUUUAAAAAUCGACCUGCCUAAACAAGUAUGUUAAGGUAUAAUUAGUUAUCUGGAUGGGGAGUUUCCAAAGGAACAUCAAGUGGUGUGAUCCUCUGAUGAAACUGUUACAAACCUGGCAUAGUUUCAUGAGUGGGUGGUACAGAGUAAGUAACUAAAACUACUUUAGCUGAGUAAACUUAAUAUUCUGAUUUGAGGAUAGGAUGUUACUGACUCUCUCACAUGGUUGAUGCCUAAUCAAAACUUUUUAUAUUCUGAAACUCUAACGUUGAGCGUUGGAAACAAUUAAUAAAGCACUGAAAAUGAAGAACACUUUAAAGAUUUCUGACUUAAAAGGAUUACAACCAUGAUGUAUUUUAAGACAAAAGUAAGCUGUUUUGAAUCUUAAACUUUUUUAAACUUCAACAUGGCUGUUUUUAUAAGUCUGUAUAACAUUGUCUGCUGUCCCCUCAAAGCAGAAUAUGCAGUCAGACCUUUUUU